UACAAUCAAUGUAAACGACUUACGUCAUUGACAACGAUCACCUCCUUUGGUUGGCGGGAACUGUGCUCAUAUCAGACAUUAGGUGGAUUUUGAAAAUGACAGACAAGGUAUCUUCCGAGGACCCGUGUCUGUACUUCGGAAAAUUUCAGCAGGUGACAGCAGACCGUCCAGAAGCAUCCGCCGACCCAAGAAAUGUCGAGAGUACUCUGGCUUCCCCCAAAUGUGGACGGAAAUGCUGCUUGGAGCAGGCUCCCCCAGAAUCCGCCCUCUGGUACCACACCACCAACAAGAUGAAUGACAAGUUUGAUCUGAUUGAGCAGCAGCUUCAGAACCUUCUACGUAAGGCUGAUGAGUUUCAGGCACACCUUGUGUACAGGCAUGACCACCUGCAGAGGGAGGGCCUGGCUCUUGUGGUCCCCACAUUUCUGCGCACAUGCCAGCCUUACUUUACUUACCUGGAGUCCACUGCGCGCAGCUCCCUGCCUCAGCGAGCUCCACUGCCCCCUUACAUCAGGACGCGGCUGUUAGAGUUCUCUCAGCAGCUGAGCAGUCGUCUGGAACAGCUUGUGUUGACGUACGCCUCCUUCGAUUUCCUGUCCCUGGAGGAAACGGACCCUCUGAGCGUCUCACAUUUCUACGUGGGCCAGUGCCAGAUGGGCCGCGUCAGCGUGUCAGCGUUCCGGUACUGCCGGCCCGCCCCGUUCGACCCGCGGACCGGGCGCGGGCCGUACAAGCGCAUGCGCUGGAACGUGGAGAGGGAGAGGGGGCGGCACGGAGAGACAGGCCGAGACCAGGAGCAGAAGACAGAGCGAGGGAGAGAGGGCGGCGGUGCUGAGUAUUAUUUCCUGUGCUAUGAGGAUGGGCCUGAGCGGGCGAGCGAGGGGGAGGCUGAGAGAGAGGGAGAGAGAGGGCCAGAGACAGAGUGCUGUGUGAGCAGAACCUGGUCCAUCGGGCAGUGGAUCCAGACAGAUCCAGACCCACAGGAAGAGGACAUCUAUGACUGGGUGCUGUGCUCUGUCCCACUGGGCCAGUAUAAACAUCUGCUGUGUCUGGGGACAGAGGAGCCCACUGUCUGCAUAGCCACAGACUACCUGCUGGGGGUGCUGUUGCUUCAGGAGGGCCAAGGGAACAGCCCAGUGUCCACGUGAAGAGACUCGCCAGAGUACACACACUACACACACACGCAGCUUGUUAUAUCUUGCAUUCAGUAGUUGGUAAGA